AUGAACAGCCUGAAGAUUGUGUUUGUUUCAACUGCUCUCCUAGCUGUUGCUUUUGCUACGGAAGAAUCUUCUAACAGCACUGGAGUUAAAGAAGAUACUGCUGGAGGUUACGGAUAUGGUUCUGAAGGAUAUGGAGCUCAAUCUUCCCCUUAUUUCGGCUAUGAUGGUUAUUUCCCUCAUUCAUACAACUUCCUUAUAGACAAUUAUAUCUGUUCCGAAGACGUAUCUUAUUUAGUUUAUGGUGGACGCAGAAAUCACAACAAUCGUCCAAUGAAGUACACUUGCGAUGCUACUCGUUUCACCAAAAAGAAGGAUAACUGCAAUCGUUGUUGCCAAAACAGCGCUCGUUUACACGGAAUCCCACAAACCAGCGUUGUUGGAUUUGAGGUUGUUGUCGACUCUUUCCUUCGUUGCACCUGCUGUGCCCCAAUUUCACAAGCUACUCAACCCGGUUAUGCUGUACCUGUUGCCCAACCAUACGUUCAGCAAGCACCAGCUCAAACAUACGGACAACCCAUUGCUCAAGCUCCAGUUCAAGGAUACGCUAAACCAGUAGCUCAAGCUCCAGCUCAAGGAUACGCUCAACCAGUAGCUCAAGCUCCAGUCCAAGGAUACGCUCAAGCUCCAGUCCAAGGAUACGCUCAAGCCCCAGCUCAAGGGUACGCUCAAGCUCCAGUCCAAGGGUAUGCCCAACCAGUAGCUCAAGCUCCAGCUCAAGGGUACGCUCAACCAGUAGCUCAAGCUCCAGCUCAAGGGUACGCCCAACCAGUAGCUCAAGCUCCAUCUCAAGGAUAUGCCCAAGCUGCCCCAGUCUCCUAUUGA